AUGGCUGCACAGCAAGCAAUCGAUCAGCUCAAUCUCUAUGAGCUUCUUGACGCUUCACAGGAUGCCUCAAACAAAGAACUUCAAAAGGCCUUUCGUAAACAGGCGAUUCGAUUUCAUCCUGACAAGAAUCCAAGCGUAGAGGCCGCCACUCGCUUUCAUCUUCUUACCAUUGCGAUCGAUACGCUCUUGGACCCGACGAAACGACAGCUCUAUGAUACUUCCAUCAAAGCUGCCCAAGUAGCUGCUGCGCAAAAGGCUAAAAUCGAGGGAGAACGACGCGCAUGGAUCAAUGCAUUGGAAACAAACGAAGAGCAAGCACGGACGUCUCUUGGUGACCGGAAGCGCAAGCGAGACGAAGAUGACGUCCGCCAAGCUACUCUAGUACAGCAGGGCGCCGAGCUGCGAGCGGCUCUCGCCUCGAAGAGGAUUGCGUCAAGCGUCACCGAGCCUACUACAAUCCCUGCGGGUGCAGUCGACACGACUCUGCAAUCAGUCUUUACCUCAGAAGACCGUACACUGAAAGUUCGCUUCUCAAGAAGAGCAAACAGCGUGGAAAGUCUCAAAGAAUUGUUCGGCCAAUUUGGUCGAGUACGAGAGCUGGUAUACAAACCAAGAGAAGGCAAGAGUCAGUCGGCAUUGGUGGAAUUCGACCAGAUUGGCAGCGCGCUUGCUGCUAUCCAAGGGUCGCCAGACAUGUUUCCUGGCAUCGGCUUCAAGUCUUGUGGGUGGGCGUUCAAUAGAGAUUCGAAUGUCAGCAUGCAAGGGGAUAUCGAGGGCAAUCACAAUAAGAAGGCUGAACCCAAGAAACAACGCCUCAAGCAGUCAGUCAACGCCGCAGCAGUCGGAUGAGACUUUCCAAUCAGCUGUACUUUUGAGAAUGCGCCAAGCACAGAUAGCAAAAGACAAACAAAAAUCGUAGAUGAAAGCGAUCGUAGACACAAGGAAUGAGAAAGGAAAUGCUAAGCAUGAGAGUCUAGCGUAUAGGCAAGCAUCAGUCCUGGCUAAAUGUAUGCAAAAUGAGGUACGAUGAG